CGCCCGGCCGGGUGACGGGAUGGGGCGGGGCGGUGCCGCCCGUGAGUCCCUCUUCCCGUGCGGCCGCUCCGUCAGCCACUGGGCGGGUAGGCGGAGGAUGGAAUUGGGCUAAUCGGCCAUUUCCCUGUCUGACCAGCAGCCUGGUGGCCGGAACGACGAUGGAGCGGGAGCCGGCGGGCUGUGCGGAAGGAGCGGACGCCGUGUUGGCGUCAGGUGGUGCGGCAACCGCGGCGUUCGGGGACUCGGCGCCGCAGGUGAGUAAUGAAAGAGACUUUGAAAAUGUAGAACUAGGAGUCAUAGGAAAAAAGAAGAAAGUCCCAAGGAGGGUCAUCCACUUUGUUAGUGGCGAAACAAUGGAAGAAUACAGCACAGAUGAAGAUGAGGUUGAGGGCCUAGAAAAGAAAGAUGUUUUGCCUACUAUUGAUCCGACAAAACUUACCUGGGGUCCCUACUUGUGGUUUUACAUGCUUCGGGCUGCCACGUCAACCCUUUCAGUGUGUGACUUUCUUGGAGAGAAGAUUGCAUCUGUUUUGGGCAUCAGCACCCCAAAAUACCAGUAUGCCAUUGAUGAGUAUUACCGGAUGAAGAAGGAGGAAGAAGAAGAAGAAGAAGAAAACAGGAUGUCUGAAGAAGCAGAAAGACAAUUCCAUCAGAGUAAGACACAGGCUAAUUGCACUGUUCAGACAGAUCAACCAGAAACAGUGGUAUCCACUUCGUUUGUGAAUCUUAAUUUUGAAAUGGAGGAAGACUGUGAAGUACUUACAGAAGGCAAACAAAGUCCAGGCUCUGUUCCACCAUAGAAUGAAAUGACUAUCAGACUUCGAAUGCUAAAUUUUUUUUGUACCAGGAACUUUCACAUUCUCUAUUCAGUGGAACUUAAAACAAUUAUUUAUAUUUUAAAUUAUUAACUUAUCUGGAAAGGAAAAGUUUCUUCAUUGUUAGGCUUAGUAAAAGUUGGGUCUGAAGUUUGGAUAUUUCUACUCUGCUUUCACUGUGUAUUGAAUUAGUGCUUUAGCUUUUCUUUUUUGGGGGUUAGUGCUGGGGAUCAAACCCAGGGCAUGUAAGCAGGCACUUUACCCCUGAGCUACACCCUCAGGCCAAUGUUUUGAUUUUAAAAUGAUCCUUACAAAAUUAAGGCCUUAAUAAAUUAAGAAGAGUUGUAUUAGCAAGCUCAUCUGUUAUCUGUGCAUCUGUAAAGAGAAAAAAGUAAACUGUUGAUUCAAGCUAACUGGAGCCAGUAAUCCUGUAAUUUCAGAUUAAAAUGAAAGAUUCCCCUCUUACAUUUUCUCAUGUCAUGCCUUACAUUUUAAGCUUUACAUUUAAUAUAUGUUAAUUUCCACUAAGGAUGGUUCACUGAAUGUGUAAUAAAAUGAGCAUGAUGGAAGCGCUUUUUGAGUUCAUUGAGAAUAGCUAUUUUAUGGAGAAGUGUUUAUUACACCAAUAUUAAUAUGGGUUUCCAUUUUUUAAUGCAAGUCAUUUAAUCUUGUAUUCUUUUUCAGUAGUUAUUAAAAUUAAUAAGCUUUGAUCAUAAAGUUAACACUAGUUGUGGAGUAAAUUAAUGUAACAUCUGAUUCUGUCUGAUUCUAGGCAUCUUGCUUCUAUCAUUCAUUCAGCCCUUAAAGACUCCUAGAGCUGGGGGUGAGGAGCUGGGAGACAGAUAUAGAUUUAACUAUCAAGAGCUAUUAAAUAUUGUACAAGGAAUAAUAGUAACAAUAAAAUUAAUUACUUGUCUUUCACCAUUUUGAAGUGGCAACGGUAAGAAGGGCAGUUUACUUAAACCAGGCUGGCCAUUUCUCUACCUACUUGGUUAUUUGUAAACUUUACAAAUUUAGGCCCGAGAUUUAGCUCAGUGGUUCUGCCACCUGCUCCGCAGGCGCAAGGACCCAAGUUUGAUCUCCGGUACCAAAAAACAACAACAAAUUUAUAUACUAAGAAGCUAAUUUGAAAAUAUCCCUAAAUAUGUGUACAGAACCUUGAGAUGUUUACAAAUGUGGAUAAAAAGAAUGUGUUGGAAUACUGUAGAAAUGCUGAUCUUAAAAGCUUUUUCAUAGAACUGGGGAUAUAGCUCAGUGGUGGAGCACUUAUCUGGCAUGUGCAUGGCCCUAGGUUCAACACCAGUACUAAAAACACCCAAACCAAAACAACACUGUAAGAGCUUUUAGAAACUGUUAUGUUAACAGCUUUCUAAACAACAUUUAAGCUUUCAGUCAUAAACUUAUGUAAAAUACAGCUUAAAAGAAACUUAAAAUACAUACAGUGGGCCUAUUGUGGAAGUCAAUAAACAUGAAUUAAAUUUUUAAUUGAAGCUCAAGUUUUUCAACUGAUAGUUGAAAGAUGAAAUUGAGAGCUGAAGUUCUUUGAAGUUCUUUAACAAAUUUGAAGAAUUUAGGAAAGAUAAACUCUUCUUAGGAGUCUUUAGUUAUGUGGAUUCAUGCUAUGGUGGUUCAUAGUAUGUGGUCAUCUUUUUAUUCAUGGGUAUAAACUAUGUAACUUAGUGAUUAACAAUCUUGAGAUAAUGUAGUUAAUGUCACCAUAAAUUAUACUUUACUAACAGCUCUAAAGCAUGCUAGUCCAACUUCUUCCCAUUUGUUUUUAACUUUGAGAUAGCAUCUUUAGCUCAGCUAUUUAGUUAUUAAUGAGUGAUUCUACUACCUAAGAGUUUACCUAGAAACCUUUCUGAUUGUAGAAGAUAGUGACUUAUGAAGGUUUUAUGUUUUUUGAAUUUUAUUUGCACCACUUGUCCAAUAGUGGCCAGUUUGUAAUGUUUAAAUAGUUAUUCGUUGUGCCUUAAAUUUUUAUACUUUUUUGUUUAUACAAGCUAUAAAAUUUCUCAUAAAUGCA